ACUCUUAAACAUUCUGUCAUUGUAAACUAAAAAAACAGUUGUCAAAGUAAAACUAGCGAAUGAGCGAUCAACAUUUCAAGCUUUCUAUUCCAAAAGCUUACUAAAACCCUAAAAAAACCAGAGAAAACGCAAAAAGCUCUCCUGCAACUUGAAGAGAUGAAGGUGGUGGCGCUAGUAAGCGGAGGCAAGGACAGCUGUUAUGCCAUGAUGAAAUGCAUCCAAUACGGUCAUCAGGUUGUGGCAUUGGCCAAUUUGUUACCUGUUGAUGACUCUGUUGAUGAAUUAGAUAGUUACAUGUAUCAAACUGUUGGGCAUCAAAUUGUUGUUAGCUAUGCAGAGUGUAUGGGAGUUCCAUUGUUUCGAAGGCGAAUACAGGGAUCUAGCAGGCUCCAAAAGCUUAACUACAAGACAACUGCUGGUGAUGAGGUUGAAGAUAUGUUUUAUUUAUUGAAUGAAGUUAAGAGACAGAUACCUUCCAUCACAGCAGUAUCUUCUGGUGCUAUUGCGUCUGACUAUCAGAGGCUACGAGUAGAAAGCGUUUGUUCAAGGUUAGGGCUUGUUUCUCUAGCAUAUUUAUGGAAACAAGAUCAGUCAACGCUACUUCAAGAAAUGAUAACAAACGAGAUCACAGCUAUCACUGUAAAGGUUGCAGCCAUGGGAUUGGACCCAGCAAAGCACUUGGGCAAAGAAAUAGCUUUCUUGAAACCAUAUCUUCACAAGUUGAAAGAAUUGUAUGGGAUUAAUGUAUGUGGUGAAGGAGGGGAAUACGAAACAUUAACCCUUGACUGCCCUCUGUUUGUUAAUUGCAGAAUUGUGCUGGAUGAGUUUAAAGUUGUAAUGCACUCUUCAAAUUCUAUAGCUCCAGUCGGCAUCAUUCAUCCUUUAGUCUUUCACUUGGAAAAUAAAGAGAAGGGUGCUUUAGUCAAUGAUAAUGACAAAACGAAUGAUUCAUGCCAAGAAAAAACGGGUUCUGUUUUUGAAGUUGAAGGAGACUGCACAAACAGAAGUGAGACUACGUCUAAUUUAACUGUUGAAAGCACAGAUUUUGCUGAAGUUAAAAACGAUAGACUUUGCGUCUCUAAAACACAAAAGGAUAAUGUAUUUUCCAUUUCAUGCUGGUUGCAAGAUUCAGACAAUACUUCAACAGCAUUGCAUGAAGAUCUAGAGAUUGUUCUAAAGCAUAUUGAAUUACAGCUUGUAAGAUAUGGUUUUGGCUGGGAGCACGUCUUAUAUAUCCAUCUCUAUAUAGCUGAUAUGAAUGAGUUUACUACAGCAAAUGAGAUGUACGUUCGGUUCAUUACACAGGAGAAGUGCCCCUUUGGUGUUCCAUCCCGCAGUACAAUUGAAGUGCCUUUAUUGCAAGUGGGUUUGGGAAGGGCAUGUAUUGAGGUUCUUGUGUCAAAUGAUGGAAGCAAAAAUGUCUUGCAUGUACAAAGUAUUUCUUCAUGGGCACCUAGUUGCAUUGGACCAUAUAGUCAGGCAACCUUGCAUAAUGAGAUGCUUUACAUGGCUGGGCAGUUAGGUUUGGACCCUCCCACAAUGACUUUAUGCAGCGGAGGCCCUGCCGCUGAGUUAGAACAAGCACUAGAAAAUAGUGAAGCAGUGGCAAAAUGCUUUGACUGUUCGAUAUGUAGCUCUACUGUUCUCUUUACCGUAUACUGUUCAAAACAAAUUCCAUUGUCUGAUAGACAUAUGGUUAAGGAAAAGCAGGAGUCCUUUAUCAAGAAGAUGAGAAUACUGGAACUAGAAGAAGGAAACACACGUAAAGCUCUUGAUCCGAUAUAUGUAUAUGUCCUUGUGCCUGAUCUGCCAAAAAGGGCAUUUGUUGAAGUAAAGCCUCUUCUUUUUGCCUUAAAGGACAUGAGCAUAAAAAAGACCACUGUGUGUAAUCUAUCUUCUGCCAUCCUGCCUAAUUGUUGGGGCUUUCAGCAAGCGCCAUGGCAUGACUCUUGCAUUCAGAAAUGUAUUGUUAGUGGGAAGAUAUGUGCAGUUCUUUUGUCUAUUAGGAAUGACAUUGUUGCGAAAAUCUGUUUGGAGUCUCUUGGUGGCGAUGAUAAUGAUGGGGAUCAACACCACUCUCUCAAUAAGGUGCAGAUGGAAAGGAUUUCAAGAUUUUGUAUCUAUCUUCUUGAUAAAGUGGUUGCGGAAGGUGAUUUUUCUUGGGAAGACACAGUGACAUUGAGGUUCUACCUCCCAACAAGCCUCGGCAUGACUGUGGAGACAGUAUCAAACAUGUUCACAAGUGCUUUGAAAGAUCUUUCUGAAAUGGGCAGAAAGGUUCAAACUGGGGCAGAACCUAUGUUUAAUAUUGUUCCGGUCUUAGGUGCAGGCAGAUCUGCUGGAUCGAUGGAUGAUUUGAUCACGUGUGAAUUAUUUGCUCAGAAAUCCUGAACCUCGUUGCUCCUCCAUUAAUCAUGUAAAAUUAAUUUUUCAUCAUGAGAAAUUCAUGAAGGAUACAUUAUCAAAAUUAUUGAGCACAGAAUUAUAUGGCUCGUCAGCGUCGAUUGAUCAGCUGCUCCAUUGCUCCAUCGCCUCUUUCUGUGCUAUGUUUUACUUUUUUUGCGGAUGCGGUGGAUCAAUGGCAAUUUGAAGUGUCUGUAACUGUCGGUCGCUAUUCCGGAAGCAGGUAAUAUGUAUCAUGAUCUUUUUCCUUGCUUUUAUUCUUCUGUAAUGCUAAACUUGCAACUGUCUACCCUAUUUAUUGCUAUGAGCUUUACAUAUUUGGAGCUUGACUUCUUUUUUUUAA